AUACUUAUCGAAAAAGAAUGGUUAGCGUUUGGACAUCGGUUUUCGCACCGGGCUAAUCACACAAUUUCUUCUCAGAACAGCGGGAUAACGCCAGUCUUUCUUAUUUUCCUGGACGCUGUUCAUCAGUUACUAGAGCAGUUUCCUGGUGCAUUUGAAUUCAACGACUUUUUCCUUCGAUUCUUGGCUUAUCACAGUCAGUCAGCUUUUUUCCGCACUUUCCUUCUGGACUGUGAAUCCGAGCGAGUUCAUCUUGAGCAGCUGGUCCCAGAAACGGCUGAAGGUCAUCGUGGAUGCAUUUGGCUUUACAUAAAAGAGAAAACUCGUCGCAACACUAUAUUUCACAACCUCUUGUAUGCUCCUGAUGGCCAAGGUGUGCUGCUUCCAGCUAGUUCAGUUGCUGCUCUCGGAAUUUGGGCUUUCUAUUCAGAAGAAACUCUUAGCCAUGGUUCACCUUACGACAUUGAUCUUGCGGAAGCUGAACUAGCGGAGAGAGAAGAAGAACGUUUUGCACAUUCCGGUGAAGGGGCUGUUGAAGAGAAAAUGUCGCUCAAAGAGGAUGAAGACCAGGAAGAAAAAGAAGAGAAACAUGAUUGGGAUUGGCAAGUACGACGAUUGCUGAUGAAAAGGGCAGCUGUACGUUUGCUGCUGAGGGGAGUGACAAGCAGAUCUGCUGCAAAUCAGAAGAACGUCAGUCGGAACCAUGUCUUCGAGCAUUACGGGGCAAGUGGAGCUCAACCAUCAGAAUGUGCUCUGUGUCGUUUCCCGCUUUACGGAACUGUUGUUCGUACAGGCCAAAGAUGUCGUCAAUGUGGAGUGAUAGCGCACGAUAAAUGUAUCGUCAACAUCACUUGGCCGUGCGAUUCUCGUAUGGCAGCAGUUUUACCGCGGACGAUACCGGAGCAAUCGCUUCCACCCACUCCUUCCAAAUCUGUAGAACCACCGCAAAGUACGGUAGUGAGAAGUGAAACCAUGCUCAGUGACAUUGGUGAAGGUGGGUAA